AUCUGACAGACGCGGGUGAAAGCAAGUCAAGAGAAAAGACGUUCCCCUGAAAAGCAGCUGGAGAACAGCCCUCAAAGCCCUGUCUGCGCUAGGUGAAGGAGAGCCAGCCAGCCACACCACUGACUUUAGCCUAAACCCCCCCCCCCCCAAGACGCUGAGAUACACUAGUGGUUGAACUGAUUUUCCAGAGGCGGCAUGGACAUCAAGGAAUAUUUUGCCAGAACUUCUUACCGGGGCUCCUACAAUAAGCUGGACCUGGCUACCUUGACGGAUAUAUUGCAGCACCACAUCCGAGCAGUCCCUUUUGAAAAUCUCAGCAUCCACUGCGGGGAAUGCGUUGAGCUAGACCUGGAAGCGGCUUACGACAAGAUAGUGAGGAAGAAACGCGGGGGCUGGUGCAUGGAAAACAACCAACUUUUAUCUUGGGCCCUGAAAACUGUUGGCUACGAUGUCACCCUUCUGGGAGCAAAAGUUUAUGUCCCGGAGUAUGACGUGUAUGCGCCUGAAAUGGAUCAUCUGCUGCUGAAAGUGGUGCUUGGCGACAAAUCCUACAUCGUGGAUGGCGCGUUUGGGAUGGCCUACCAGAUGUGGCAGCCAAUGGAGCUGAUUUCUGGGACAGACCAGCCGCAGGCUCCUGGGGUCUUUCGCUUCCUGGAGAAGAGCGGGGUCUGGUACCUCGAGAAGGUGAAAAGGAAGCAGUACACUCCUGACCAAAGCGUCUCCGCUUCCCAUAACUUGGAAGCAGAAGGUUGCCGUCCAGUUUAUCUCUUCACCCUUCAGCCACGAGACAUCGAAGAGUUCCGAGCCUGCAACACCCGUCUGCAGACAAAGCAGGCCUCGCUGUUCGUGUCCAAGUCUAUCUGCAGCCUGCAGACCACCGACGGCAUCCGGGCUCUGGUGGGGUGGAAAUUCACCGAGAUGAAGUACAAUUAUAAGGAUAAUAUGGAUCUGGUGGAAAUCAGAAUCCUUGCAGAUGAAGAAAUAGAGAAAACACUGAAAGAGAAAUUCAGUAUAACACUAGACGACAAAUUUGUACCCGUUAAUAGAAGCAGGCCGCAUCCAUCUGAACUCUUUGCCUGAAUUAUAUAUAAUUCAAUACAGUGGCAUUACAUGCAAUCCUUCCCCCUAUUUCUGACAAGAACCUAAAGGUUAAGCUUUCUCGUUGUCUAUACCAGUGUAAGGCAGAACAUAUUAGUAUGAAUCUGGAAAAAGAAAUUGAUUUUCACAACUGCUCCUGCAUCUCUCUUUGGUUUGGGUACAAAUAAUUUCUUCCUAGCUCAAUCAAAUCACUACCCUUCUCUUUGUGCUUAGCUGGAAGCAGACUCUGCCCAUUCCCUACUCCUUUCAUCUCUUAAAAGCUUUUCUAAAUACACCCAGAGUAGCAGGGUAGAGCGAUGGAGCUGUAUGUCUCUUUAUUACUUUGUGCUGCCACCUGGGGAAAAUCGUACCCACCUCUUAAAUGAAUACCAUAUUAUUUUUAGAAUUUAAUAGCCAGAAAAACAAAGACAUCCAUCGCUGAGUUUGCUACAGUUAAGCCAUAAGCCUGUCCUUUUUGCUCUUGCAUUCACAACACCCUCCCGUGUGACAGU